AUGUCUUAUACAUCACAGGACAGGAAAAACGAUCUCAUAUAUAUACCUAUUAUAAGAGGUUAUUCGGCUAGAACAAUUACUAAAUGGCAUCAUCUCUACGAAUACAUUAGAAUUGUCCGACUGAUUACAUCUGGAAAUGCUCAACUUUUGUAG